AUGUCGGAAGAACAGCCCGCCGCCAGUGUCCCCGCGCGCCCGCCGCCCCUGCCAGCCUUCAUCGAGCGCUCCUUGCGCGCGCAGCAGAUGCUCCCGUCGCACCGGCCCGUGCGGGAGUUCUUCGCCCGGGCCCUGGCCGACUUCCAGGCCUCGGGUCGCGGGUUCCAGGUCCUCUGCACCGCCGGCCAUGCCAGCCGGGAGAUGCCCAGGGGAGCCGACGCACUACCACCACCACCACGGCCAUCGCCAUCGCCAGGAGCGGGCCGGCGACUGGUAGUGCUGGACUCGUCGUUCAACCCGCCGACGCAGGCGCACAUGCGGAUGGCGGUCGACGCGCUGCGCGGCGGCGGCGGCAGUAGUAAGAGGCUGGUGCUGCUGCUGUCGGUCAACAACGCGGACAAGAAGCCCAAGCCGGCGGGGUUCGAGCAGCGGAUGGCGAUGAUGUGGGCCUUUGCGAGGGACAUGCACGGGGAGCUAUCGGGCGCGGGAACGGGCGCGGAGCGGGCAGGAGGAGGAGAGCAAGAGGGCCGGGAUGAUGGCGGGAUGCCCAUCGACAUUGCGCUCACGACGAAGGCUUACUUUCACGACAAGAGUUCUGCGAUUGCAGAGGAUGGGUUUUAUGGCGCCGACGGGCCUGAGCAGGAGCAGGAGCAGGAGCAGGAGUUCCUCACGGGCUACGACACGCUGAUUCGGAUCUUCAACCCCAAGUACUACAGCUCGCCGGCGUCGCCCAACUACCAGCCCUCUGCAGGAGAAGAGACGCCGAUGAAGAGGGCGCUGUCGCCGUUCUUUGGGCGCGCGCGGCUGAGGGUGGUGAUGAGGGCCGACGACGAGUGGGGCGGGCGGGAGGAGCAGGUGCGGUACGUGGAGGGGCUGAAGGGCCCCGACGGGUUGCUGAGGAAGGUCGGCGGGCGGGAGGAGUGGGCGGACAAGAUUGACCUCGUGGAGGGCCGGCGGGAAGGAGAGGAGAUUGUGAGCAGCACGCUGGCGAGGGCGGCGGCCAAGGCGAAGGACUGGGCGGCGCUGGGGAAGCUGGUGAGCCCGGAGGUCGGGAGGUGGAUUGAGCGGGAGGGACUGUAUGAGGAGGAGGAAGGAUGA